CCGUGAGAUAAAGACGGCUCUUUCCCUCCGCGCGUCGAUUCGCUUGGAGCGUUUAUACCGUACAGCCGAGUAACUACACAACGCCAUCACAGUCAUCGUUGAAGGGAUUUUCUUUUCUUUUAUUAUUAUUGCUGUGUCGGGCGGUCGAAGCGCGAGCACAUAUUCAUUUUUGCGCGCGCGGGGGCUGAAUCAUGUCCCUGAGCCCGAAACACUCCACACCUUUCUCCGUGAGCGACAUCCUGAGCCCGCUGGAGGAGAGCUGCUUUAAGAAGUUUGCGUGCAUGGAGGGCGCUUACCGGCAGCCUCCUCCUCCUGCGCAGGGCGCACAGCAUCAGCACCAUCACCAUCAACACCAUCACCACCACCAGCAACAGCAGCAACAGCAGCAGCAGCACGGAGUGAACCACGGAGCUUAUCACGUGCCGCACGGCAUGUCCCAGUUCUCACACGCGGCCGUGGCGGGAUACUGUAACGGGAGCCUCGGCGGAGUGGCGGAGCUGCCCACUUACCAAGAGAGCGUCAGGAGCGGCGCUGCAACUGCGGCUUGGUACGGAGCGAACCCGGAACCGCGUUACGCAGCACUUCCUAGGUUCAUGGGCUCCUCCACUGCUAUGAACAUGAAUAUGGGCGCUCUCGCGGGAAUGGACGCCAAGUCCAUGGUGACUCUGCACGCGGCUCCGCGCCGGAAGCGUCGCGUGCUUUUCUCGCAGGCGCAGGUGUAUGAACUCGAGCGCAGGUUCAAACAGCAGCGCUACCUGUCAGCGCCCGAGCGCGAGCACCUAGCCAGUCUGAUCCACCUGACGCCGAACCAGGUGAAGAUCUGGUUCCAGAACCACCGCUACAAAAUGAAACGGCAGGCCAAAGACAAAGCGACGCGCGAGCCGCAGCUCCAGCAGCAGCAGCAGGACGGCGGGGACGCGUGUCAUCAGCAGCAUUCACCGAGGCGCGUGACCGUGCCUGUGCUCGUCAAAGACGGUAAACCCUGUCAGAACGGAACCGACACACAGACUUCAGGCCAAAACGUUGCCAUGGCUGCGGUUCCACUUCAGCAACGAAGCCAAACAGUGGAGACGUUAGCGUCCGCAGCGGAUGAGCUCGACGACAUGGCACCGAGUCCUCCAGCGCUGCACGGCGCUCACCUCCCCGGCCUGUCUCACCUGGACUCCGCCCUCCUGGAGUACAACAUGGCGGGCUCGAACCUGCUGUACGGCAGAACUUGGUAGGCGAAUAAACGAGAGGAAAUGGCUUCUAAAGACUCAGAGAACAAUUGAACACACUAGACAGAAAGAAACGCGCAUUUCAACAUGUACAGAUUUGGGGAUUUUAUUAGAUUAUAUCCAUCCUGAAAUAAAAGCUGACAGCUGGAGUCUGUAACCGAGCUGUAUAAUGAUGUGGAUGGACAUUCUGGGGGAAAAAAGGCUUCUUAUUUUCCACAUCACUUUCUCUUCAAUACUGUUCAUGAAGCUUUUUCUAAGAUGGUUUUCAAACUUUUUAAA